GGGCCUAAGGGAAUUUGGUUCAGUUUUUUUUCCUUCAACGUGAAACAAUUUUUCUUCAGAAUAAAUCGCUCUCUCUUCUAUCCUUGUUCCAAACCCUAGCCGCCGCCCACUCUCUCCUCUUUUGCAAAACAAUGAACCGAUUAGAUUCUUCCUUCGCAUUCUCCAUCUUCCUUCGCAUGUCUUUGAUGUAGUUAGAAGUACUGUUUCUGUGUUACUAUGUUUUGAGGCAUUGCUGGUUUUGAUGUAAACACACUUGUUCAAAAUCUUAAAAUCACUUAUCUUUACUUUGUUAUAAUGUUUUUAGUUUUUCCCUUGAGUUCGUUGCUGGAACUAUAAAGUUUACUGAAAUUUCUUUUCCUAAAAUUUCUGGAUUUCUGAAAAUCACUAAUCUUUACUUUGUUAUAAUGUUUUUAUUUUGUAUUCAAAUCCUUAUUGGAAUUUCUCUGCAUAUGAUUGAUUAAAAUUUGGGUGGUUAAAAUUGCAUCUAACUUUUUUUUCUUUUCAAAAUAUUAAAUCUUUAGACUUUCAAUUGUUUUGCUGGGUGGAAUUUGAUUUUAGAAUCAAAGAUGUUGCAAAACCUAUGGAUAUGUAUUUACGGAAAACAUACCGAUUAUUUUAACAAAACAUAGAAACCGAAAGAGCAUGUUUUUAAUUUGGUUAGAGUUGUAAGUAUGGAAAUUAAACAAGAAAUUUGGUUAUAUUAUUGGGAAUUAAUAUUUUCCGGUGGGUUAUAAAUGAUUGAAUUAAGGUUAAAGUUCUAUAUAUGAUUUUAAAUAGAAUAUCUAAAAAAAAUAGAAUAUGUAUAAAAAAUGAAGUUUAACAUAGAAAUUAUUUUCUUUAAAUUGAAAUUAAAUGGUGACGUUUUAAUUUCUUACACAAGAUUCAAAUUUCAAGAUUAAUAUGACUUAGGAAUAGCACAAUUCUUCCUAUGUAAAAGUGUUAAAGUAGACUAAGUAGCUAGUUCUCAUUCCUUCGUUUUUCUUUGCUCCACCUUAACACGGCAAAUUUAAAUCAAAAACCUAAUCCAAACUAGAUUUUUCGAAUCACCAUGGAAAGACUUCAACAAAUGUUUGUCCACCUCCCAAUUGCCCAUCCAUAGAUUCCUCUGAGUAAGUCUACAUCUCGUCUCUCCCUCUUCUCAAGAUGCUCAAACACGGUAAAGUCCCUUUUUUUUAACCUAAUCAAAUCAUUGUCUAUCCAAUUUUCAAAAUUAAGGUUUCAUCAAUUCAUAUUUAUUUUGUUAUAUCUCGAGUAUAAUAGGUAGGGUUGGUGCUCCCAUGGAUAAUUCAUGGAUAAGUACACUGUUCGCGUGUUUGAUGUGUUUGCAAUGCCACAUAGUGGAAUUGGUGUAAGUGUUGAAACUGUUAAUCGUGUUUUUUAGACUAAUAUGCUCAAACAAACGAGAUGGUAUUUUGUUUUUUUGAAGUUUAUUUAUUAUGUGUUCUUUGUGUAUCUUUAAAUUCGUGAAUUUGUUUGUGUUUGUUACUUUGUUAUUGAUUGUGUUUUGCAAACCAGAUAUGGUUGUUGGAUGGUACCAUUCGUAUUCUAGAUUUGGAUGUCGAUUGUCUAGUGUUGACAUCAAUACACAAUAGGUUCUAUUACAGUCCUUUUUGUUUUAUGUCUUGUUUCUAUAUGUAUGUUUGGAUUAAUGAUAUGUGAUGGAAUGAAAUAGAGGUUUUAUGUCUUGUUUCUAUAUAUGUUUGGAUUAAUGAUAUGUGAUGGAAUGAAAUAGAGUGGAGUGACCGGUAAUCAUAUUCCAUUGUUUAGAGUUUUUAAAUAAUAGAUGAAGCAUGAUGGAGCAUGAUGGAUUCCACUCCAUCCGAUCCUUCAAUUUUCAUUCUGUUCAAUUUGGGUUGCAUGCAAUUGAAAGAACUAUAUAGUUAUGUUUCAUUCCAUCAAGUUAUCUUUCUCUAUAAAAAAAUUUAUAACUAUUUAGAGGUCGCUACCGUAAUCAGGUUAUUAUAAUACUUUUAGCUCAACCAGGUAAUUAUAACACUUUUAUUUAUCAUUUUGUUUUUGUUUUUUUAGUUUUACUAAUUUUUUUAUUAUUAUUUGUUUUUAGAGUUUUGCUAAUUUUGAGAGUUUGAUGUCAACAUCAUGGUCGUUUUUUAGUAUAUGACAAGUUUUAAUUUUUAGAAUUAUCAGUGGCGUAAACAUGGUACUUGUUCCGGAGAUCAUGAAGAUCAUAGAGUAAGGUAUAUUAAUAACGUCCUAAGAUUGUUCCAUAUAACCUUAUGUUUUCCAGAGCAAGUACCAUGUCUAAGUCAUUGGUAGUUCCACAAAUUACGAUUGAUCAUACACUAUUGAUAGUUUCAUCCAUCCAACCCUCUAAUUCGGUAGAAAUCUAAAAAUAAUAGUAAAAUAAAAUAAAAUGAUAAAUAAAAGUGUUAUCAUUAUCUGGUUGUGUUCGAGACCUCUAAAUAGUUCUUAAUCUAUAUGAAAUCUAUACACACGUUCACUAGUUAAAGAAAACGUUCAUAUUUUUAUUUUUUUCCUCUUUGUUUGAUUUCCAAAACCACAUUUUCAAGAUGUAUUUACAUAACCAUUGCAAUUUGCAUUUUUGUAAGGGCAAAUGCAUUUGAUUGAUUACUAUGUUGAUGCACACUGACUUGACUUCUAUUAUCCUCUUUGUCAGAACUAGUUAGAGGUCACUACUGUAACCAGGUAAUUAUAGCACUUUUAGCGCAACUGGGUAAUUAUACAAUUUUUAUUUAUCAUUUUGUUUUGUUUUUUAGUUUUGCUAAUUUUUUUAUUAUUUGUUUAUAGAUUUUUGCUAAUUUUGAGAUUUGAUGGCAACAUCAUGGUCAUUUUUUUUAAUAUAGGACCAAUUUUAAUUUUUGGAACUAUCAAUGGAUGAAACACCCUACUUGUUUCGGAGAAAGGUAUAUUAAUUAUAUCCUAGGAUUGUUUCAUAUACCUUAUCUUAUGUUGUCUAGAACAAGUAUCGUAUUUUAGUCAUGGGUGGAUCCACAAAUUAUGGUUGGUCAUACGCCAUUGAUAGUUCCAGCCAUCCGACCCUCUAACUCAGUAAAAAUCUAAAAAAAUAGGAAAAUAAUAAACCAAGUGUUAUCAUUAUCUGGUUAUGGUAGAGACCUCUAAAUAGUUCUUAACUUAUAUUUUGUUUUCCACAAAAUUAUAACAUAGGUGAAAAAAGGUAAGAGGUUCAAGGGUUUCGGAAAUUUUAACGAUUGGAUGAGUCGGGUAGCUAAUGGACUGGGUAUCUAAAGGUGAAGGGAAUUUAAUUUGUUGUCAACUCCACACUUUAUUUUGACACCCCACAUUUGGAAUAUAAAUACCAAGACAAGAUGCGUAGAAGCUGCAAGGAUUAAAGAAAAUCUGAAAGCUACAAAGAUUAAAGAAAAUCUAGAGAAUGCAGGUUUGGCACAGGAGAGUUUACCAACCAGGGUGGCUGGGUCUGCACAGGUUCUUGCAAAUGUCUCUAACUUGUGUUCGCUAAAUCAUUUCAUUGUUUAAUUUUAAAUUUUGAAUUUCUUUUUUAAUUUAUAGUUUUGUUUUAAUUUAUAGUUUUGUUGCAUAGAAUUUAUAAUAUCUUCGUGUCAUGUUCUAAUGGAAAAUUAGAGCACAAGCUUGCAAGUGAUGGCUGUAAAAGAAAGGUAGUUCGUGCAACAAUCUUCUAAUUAUAAGGUACACAAAUUUAUUUAUUUUGGGGAGGGGUGGGGGCAAUUUAACUUGGUUCUUUAUGUUGAGAUGCUCCUCAGCAAUAAGCACCGACUCCUCAACAACAGCCAUCGGCUCCCGAACAACAGCCACCGCCUCAACCUCAACAACCUCAUCCUGAACCACCUGCUCGUCCACAUCAGUCCAUAUCAGUGGGUGCUCUACCACCCCGUCGGCGAGCUGCGCGGAACCCCCUACCCGCCUGCUCAGCCAUCCGUUUUCGCUUAGAACCGGUCGAAGGAACGCGUCCAACACGUAACACAGAGGUAUCAGCCUCAUCAAGAGCCGCCUGAGCACAAGCAUUGGCUCUAUCAAUGGCCUGACCUGCAACAGUACCAUCUCUACCUCUAAUCCGCACUGGAAAAAUUAAAAAUAUAAGCAAAAUAGCAUUUAAAAAAAAAUAGAAAUACCAGAAAUUUCAAAAUUUCUUGUAUGUGAAAUUGUACUGGAAAUUUCAAAAAUUUUAGUAUUUCUAUAAUUUUAUAAAAAUUACAGAAAUUUCAAAAUUUUCGGUAGAAAAUAUCGGAAAUUUCACAAUUUUCUGUACAAACUACUGAAAAUUUCAUAAAAUCUACCAGAAACUUGUUUUACAAAUUUCUGGUAUAGCUAAAAGAUUUGAAAAAUCUGAUAUUUCACGUAAAUUUCCUAAAAUGUGGUAAUAAAUUUUUUUUGAACAUUUAAAUCAUUUCAAACAUAUUGGGGGUGCCAAGUAUAAUUUUGGCUGUGACAAGUUAAAUUCUCAAGAAAUUCUCAUUUUGAAUGGGUAAGUAGUCCCUUUAUGGACUUGUUAAAGAUUUUGGGCUUAGGGGAAUAAGAGAGGGAGAACAAAGAGUUCCCAUUUUUCUAGUUUUUCCUAGUUUCUUUUCUUUUCACUUCAACGUGCAACCAUUUUUCUUCAGAAUAAAACGCUCUCUCUUCUCUCCUUGUGCCAAACCCUAGCCGCCGACCCCUCUAUCCUCUUUUCCAACCACCACGAACUCAAAACAAAUAACACUAUUUUCUUGCUCAUCAUCGCAUGGCCAUCAUAAUGAACCGAUUAGAUUCUUCGUUCGAAGAACAUCACCGUCUUCCUUCGCAUUCUCCAUCUUCCUUCACAUUCUCCAUCUUCCUUCGUAAUGUUACUAUGUUUUGGGUCAUUGCUGGUUUUGAUGUAAACACACUUGUUCAAAAUCUUAACUUUUAUCGCUGAAACGGUAAAGUUUACUUUAUCCAUGGGGAAAUUGCUUUUCCAAAAGUUUAAGGAUUUCUAGAAAUCACAAAUCUUUACUUUAACAAUUCACUUUUGUUAUUUGUCUAAAAAAAAAUCACUUUUGUUAUAAUGUUUUUAUUUUGUCUUUAAAUCCUUAUUGGAAUUUCUCUGCUUAAGAUUGAUUAAAAUUUGGGUGGCUAAACUUAUUUUUAGACUUUAAAUUGUUUUGUUGGGUGGAGUUUGACUUUAGAAUCAAAGAUGUUGCAAAACUUAUGGAUUUGUAUAUACUGAAAACAUUCUUUAUUAUUUUUUAAAUUUGGAAACAUAAAUAGCAAGAAAAUUAAAUAUGGUUAUUUUAUUGGGAAUUAAUAUUUUCCGGUUGGUUAUAAAUGAUUGAAUUAAGGUUAAAGUUCUACAUAUGACUUUGAAUAGAAUAUGUAAAAAAAAUGAAUUUCGAAAUAGAAAUUAUUUUCUUUAAUUUGAAAUUAAAUGAUGACAUUUUAAUUUCUUAUACAAGAUUCAAAUUUCAAGAUUAAUAUGACUUGUGAAUAGAACAAUUCUUUCUUAAUAAAAGUGUUAAAGUUAUACUAAGUAGCAAUAGUUCUCAUUCCUUCGUCUAUCUUUGCCUCACUUUCAAAAAUCUUACUAUAACCACUUCUAAUUUUGAAUAAAAAAUCUAAUCCAAACUAGAUUUUUCAAAUCACCAUGGAAAGGCUUCAAAAAAUGUUUGUUAAUGCUGGUGGACCCAUAGCUCAUCCACCUCCAGAAUUCCCAACUCUAAAUUCCUCCGAGCAACUCUAUAUCUCAUCCCUCCCUCUUCUCAAGAUGCUCAAACACGGUAAAGAUGUCUUUUUAAACCUAAUCAAAUCAUUGUCUAUCCAAUUUUCAAAAUUAAGGUUUCAUCAAUUCGUUUUUAUUUUGUUAUAUCUUGAGUAUAAUAGGUAGGGUUGGUGCUCCCAUGUGUGGUUAUGGGUUUGAUGCUUGGAGAAUUUGUGGAUGAGUAUACCGUCCGCGUGGUUGAUGUGUUUGCAAUGCCACAAAGUGGAAUUGGUGGCAAAUGCAUUUGAUUGACUACUAUGCUGAUGCACACUGACUUCCAUUAUCUUUCUCUAUCAAAAAAAUUCAUAACUAUUUAGAGGUUGCUACCGUAACCAGGUAAUUAUAACACUUUUAGCGCAAUCAGGUAAUUAUAACACUUUUAUUUAUCAUUUCGUUUUGUUUUUUUAGUUUUACUAAUUUUUUUAUUUUUUGUUUUUAGAUUUUUGCUAAUUUUGAGAGUUUGAUGACAAUCAUGGUCAUAGGAACAAAUUUUAAUUUUUGGAAUUAUCAAUGGCAUAAGCAUGGUACUUGUUCAGGAGAGCAUGAAGAUCAUAGAUUAAGGUAUAUUAAUAAUGUCUUAGGAUUGUUCCAUAUACCUUACCUUAUGUUUUCCAGAGCAAGUACCGUGUCUUAGUCAUUGGUAGUUUCACAAAUUACGAUUGGUCAUACGCCAUUGAUAGUUCCAUCCAUCCGACACCUAAAUAGUUCUUAAUCUGUAUGAAAUCUAUACCCGACACGUUCAUUAGUUAAAGAAAAGUUCAUAUUUUUAUUUUUUCCUCUUUGUUUGAUUUCCUAGACUAUUUUUAUUCACUAGACUUUUUUGUUUUUGUUUCCUUCACCCUAUUUUCUGUAAGGGUAAAUGCAUUUGAUUGAUUACUAUGCUAACGCACACUGACUUCCAUUAUCCUCUUUGUUGGAAAAAUUCAUAACUUUUUAAAGAUCGCUACUGUAACCAGGUAAUUAUAGCACUUUUAGCGCAACCAGGUAAUUAUAAAUUUUUUAUUUAUUAUUUUGUUUGGUUUUUUUGUUUUACUAAUUUUUUUUAUUAUUUGUUUUUAGUUUUUUUUUGCUGAUUUUGAGAGUUUGAUUGCAACAUCAUGGCUGUUUUUUUAGUACAUGACAAAUUUUAAUUUUUGGAAUUAUCAGUGGGUUAAACAUGGCACUUGUUUCGGAGAGCUUAUGUUUUCCAGAGCAAGUAACGUGUCUAAGUCACUGGUAGUUCCACAAAUUACGAUUGGUCUUACGCCAUUGAUAGUUCCUCCCAUCUGACUCUCUAACUCGGUAGAAAUCUAAAAAAAAUAGUAAAAUAAAAUAAAAUGAUAAAUAAAAGUGUUAUCAUUAUCUGGGUGUGCUAGAAACCUUUAAAUAGUUCUUAAUCUAUAUGAAAUCUAUACUUGACAAACAUUCAUAUUUUAUUUUUCUCUUUGUCUGAUUUCCAAAACCACAUCAUCUAGUGUAUUUACAUAACCAUUGCAACUGUUCACUCGAGUUUUUAAUUUUUGUUUCCUUCACCCUAUUUUUGUAAGGGCAAAUGCAUUUGAUUGAUUACUAUGCUGACGCACAUUGACUUCCAUUAUUCUUUUUUGUCAAAAAAUUCAUAACUAUUUAGAGGUCGCUAUUGUAACCACGUAAUUAUAGCACUUUUAGCGCAACUAGGUAAUUAUAAAAUUUUUAUUUAUCUGUUUGUUUUGUUUUUUAGUUUUACUAAUUUAUAAUAUCCUAGGAUUGUUCCAUAUACCUUACCUUAUGUUUUUCAGAACAAGUACCGGAUUUUAGUCAUUGGUAGUUCCACAAAUUAUGGGUGGUCAUAUGCCAUUGAUAGUUUCAGCCAUCCGACCCUCUAACUCAGUAGGAAUCUAAAAAAAAAUAGUAAAAUAAAAUAAAAUGAUAAAUAAAGUGUUAGCAUUUUUUGGUUGUGGUAGAGACCUCUAAAUAGUUCUUAAUCUAUAUUAUGACAUAGGUGAAAAAAGGUAAGUGGUUCAAGUGUUUUGGAUAUUUUAACGAUUGGAUGAGUCGGGUAGCUAAUGGACCGGGUAGCUAAAGGUGAAAAGAAUUUAAUUUGUUGUCAACUCCAUGCCUUAUUUUGACACCCCACAUUUGGAAUAUAAAUACCAAGAUAAGGUGAUCGUUGUAGUUAGUACCAGUUAGGGUUAUGUUAGGUUCCUUUUGUUUUCCUCUUUCUAAAAUGUCUUUCGAUAUAAAGAUGUAUAGAAGCUGCAAGGAUUAAAUAAAAUCUGAAAGCUAAAAGGAUUAAAGAAAAUCUAGAGAAUGCAGGUUUGGCUCAGGAGAGUUUACCAGCCAAUGUGGUUGCGUAUGCCCAGGUUCUUGCCAAUUUCUCUAACUUGUGUUCGCUAAAUUUCAUUGUUAAAUUUUGAAUUUUGAAACUUUUUAUUUAAUUUAUAGUUUUGUUGCAUACAAUUUUUAAUAUCUUCGUGUCAUGUUCUAAUGGAAAAUUAGAGCCCAAGCUUGCAAGUGAUGGCUGUAAAAGAAAGGUAGUCCGUGCAACAAUCUUUCAAUUAUAAGGUACACAAUUUUAUUUAUUUUAGGGAGGGAUGGGGGCAGUUAAACUUAGUUCUUUAUGUUGAGAUGUGUUAUGAGAGUAACUGAAAGAUUUGGUGAGUGGAUUUACAAAUGAUCGGAGCUUCGAUAGUCGCGAACAAUUAAUUGAUUGGGUUCGGAAGGAAGCUAGCAAACAUGGAUUUGGAAUUGUUAUUUUAAGGUCGGACAACGGAAAUAGUAGGAGGAAAGCUUUCGUUGUUUUGAAUUGUGAACAAGGUGGGAGUUAUGUUCAAUCAAACCGGGUGCUAAAACACGAGGACACGGGGUCGAGAAAGUGCGGGUGUCCCUUUAAGUUGCGUGCUACUAGGAGGGUUGAUGAUUUGUGGCGGUUAAUCGUAAUUUGUGGAAUGCAUAAUCAUGCCUUGGAUGUCAAGUUACAUGGACAUCCAAUGGCGUGUCGUUUGUCCCGCGAAGAGAGGAAUGUGAUAUCGGACUUAACGAUAGUCAAAGUGGAGCCUCGCAACAUACUUGCCGAUUUGAAGCGUAAGAAACCGGAUAGCGUUUCAAAUAUCAAGCAAGUUUACAAUGAACGACACAAUCUCAAAGUGUUGAAUAUGAGUCCUCGGUCGGAAAUGCAACAAUUUUUGAAACUACUAGGCGAUAACAAAUAUGUUUCAAGCUUCCGAACCUCCGAGGAUAAAGUUACGGUGCGUGAUAUUUUUUGGACUCAUCCCGAAAGUAUCAAAUUAUUCAACACAUUUCCAACCGUUCUUGUGAUGGAUUCAACGUACAAGACCAACAAGUAUAGGCUUCCGCUUCUAGAGAUAGUCGGUGUUACCUCGACGGACAAGACUUAUUCGGUGGGGUUUGCUUUUUUGGAGUGUGAAAAAGAAGAUAACUUUACGUGGGCCUUGGGAAUUUGCAAGUCUUUGUUAGUUGAUCAAGAGGUUAUGCCAAACGUCAUUGUCACCGAUCGGGACAAUGCUUUGAUGAAUGCGGUCGAUACCGUCUUCCCGAUAUCUACCGCUUUACUUUGUCGGUAUCACAUAACUUGCAACGUGAAAAGCAAGUUGAAACCUGCGGUUGGGACAAAAGAUAGGCCGGAUGAAAAUGGUAAAGUUGUUAAAGUCGGUGUUGUGGUUGAUAGGAUAAUGGCGGCAUGGAGGAAAAUUUUGGAUGCCUACUCCGAAGAGGUGUAUACCGAGAAAUUGGUACACUUUAGGUCGUUGUAUGGUUCCAUUAAGACUUUUCGUCAUUAUGUCGAAUCCACCAUUCUUGACAAAGUUAGAGAAAAAGUCAUGUGCGUUUGGACAAAUCGAGUUAGACAUCUUGGUUGCACCACGACUAACCGAGUUGAAUUCGCACAUGCGGUCUUCAAGAGGUGGUUGGGUGAUAGCAAGGGAGAUUUGUGUCGGGGAUGGGACACCGUCAACCAAAUGCUCCAAAAUCAACACAAUGAAAUUCAAACAUCGUUCGGUCGGAGCAAGACGGUUAUGGAACACCGGUAUAAAGGGCAAAUUCUAUUCUCCCGAUUGAUUUACAACAUAUCUCGAACGAGUUUGAAUUUUUUGUUUCAUGAAGCUAAGCGGUCGGAGACUACGGGGCCGAAUAGUUCAUUAUGUGGGUGCACGAUUAGAAAGACAUACGGCCUACCAUGUGCUUGUAUACUUGCAAAAAAGAAGAAUUUGAAUUCACCCAUACGCAUGGAUGAGGUAGCCGAUCAUUGGAAGAAACUUCGUUUUGAUGAUUUUGACCCGCCGAAAGAAAAUCACUCCAAAAUCACCAUCUCCGACGAGUUGGAAGUGAUAAUGGAGAAGUUUGCUAAAGCGGACGACACAACAAAAAUGCAUAUAAAAGAACAAUUGUGAAAGAUCGCAUUUCCGGAGACCACCGAUUUGAAACCGCCAUCUCAACCGGUUAAGACGAAAGGUGCACCGAAAAAGUCCAAAAUUACACAAGAUGACACGUCUACAAAAUGAUCUCCUUCCUACUUUGAACAUGUUGAUGCAUCGUUCCCGGAAAUUCAUGAGACACCUAAGUCCAAGUGUAGUGGUAACAAAGGUGCCCGUAUUUCGAAGCCACCUCGCACACCGCCGAUAAAAAAAUACCCAUUGUCUACAUUGAUGAGAUGCCACUUUUUAUGCACAAAUAUAUCGAUAACAUCGUUGAUGUUGGAGGCGACGGAAAUUGUGGAUAUCGGGCGGUUGCGGGUUUGCUCGGUAAAGGGGAAAAUAAUCACACUUUAAUCCGACGGGAACUUCUUGCGGAGUUGACUUCGUAUCGGGACAUCUACGGCCGACUAUAUGAAAAUCAAGAAAAGUUUGCAAAAAUUCAUGAUUCACUUGCUCCACCACUUACCGGUAUCGCUCCGGUCUCGAAGUGGAUGUCAUUCCCCGAUAUGGGUCAUCUCAUAGCAAGUGCAUAUGAUAUUGUAUGCGUCGAUUUGACUAGGUUUGGACUAUGUGAGACUUUCUUUCCACUUCAUAGUCGACCGCCAUUGGACUCGUCGGGCCGAAUCAUAUGCAUCAGGUAUCUACGAUCGCGGCACUUCGUCCAAGUGUUUUUGAAAUCGGGGUGUCCUAUACCGGCUACUUGUUGUCAAUGGACCGCACAUCGUUCAAAUGAGGCGGAGACUUGGCAGGAUCCUUUUGUAUCAAGAAUGGCGGAGUUUGAAGAAAUGAUGAGACAAGAGCGUGAGCAAAAUAGAGAGCGAUCGAAGAAUGUGCCUAUUUUGGACUUAGGAUCCACCGAUUGGUUCGGUGAAUUUUAGUUCGUUUCGGAUCAUUUUUUGUUUGUAAUGACCAUUUUUGUAUGUAUUGUUGUUUAUCAUGUAAAAUCGGAUCGAUUCAAUACAUAUAUAAUAUAAGAAGUUUUUAUGUCAUCUUUGUCUAAUUUGUGUUUAAUGUACCUUCCAUUUGUUCUAUUUACCCAACACACUAAGCAAUCAACAAACCUCAAAAUUUAUGUCUGUUUCUGCAUAAUUCGGAAAUGAACUUCCGAAAUAUGCUAGUCUGCCUCCUAUUUUCGGAAGUUCAUUUCCGAAAUGUCCCCUGAGGCAGGAUAAGGUUUGUUAGGCCAUCAAUGCUCCAAUAAGUCUAUAAAUACUACACACUCUUCUUCAUCCUCUUCACACCAUAAAACACAAAUGACUUAAACCUACCCCCACCUAGCAUUCGUCUACUUUGAAACCGGCUACCCGAUGUCGUUCCAAUUUCGCUUCUCGCGCGACACGCCGUUUGCGGAGUUGAUACCGUCGUCAACACGCUUUUGCACUAUCCCAAGAAUCAAAAGGUUGUCAAGCUUGAGUACCGCUCGCCAUCGCUUAACGACGAGGGAGGCAUUAAGUUCACACCUUUUGAGAUCAAGAACGACGAAGAUUUAGCGGUUAUAUGGACAACGUUCGACCGAUUUUCUUCGAAAGGCCCGAUCGAGUUGGACGCAAAACUUCAAAGAUCGGCGGACGACGUUAUCAAAAUGUUGACUCAUCCCCACCUACCCGUGUUCAACAAUAUGUAACUUUAAUUUUAUGCAAUAUUAUCGUUGUAAUCUUCACCCGAUUAAAUAAAGCGAAUCGUUGUUGUUUUUCAUUUUUCUUCUGUCCAGACAUACUUUCGGAAGUUCAUUUCUGAAUUCCUCCAAGGGGGGUGCGUUCGGAGAUGAACUUCCGAACCACCACAUUUUCUGAAAAGUAACUUUAUUUCGGAGAUGCAUCUCCGAAAUCAAUAUUUUAUAUUAAAAAAACACUUUUUCGGAGAUACAUUUCCGAAAACACCUUUUUUAAGAAAAAAAGUACAGUUUCUAAAAUGAACUUCCGAAACAAGGGGUAUUGUGGUAAAUUCACCAGGGGUGGGCAAGAAGGUUAGGAGGUGGGUGAAGAAAUUUUCAAUUUUAAAUGGCAACAAUAUAAAAAAAAAUUAAAAAUGUCUUUUAAGUCAGGGAAGCAAGCGAGUUGUUUGUGAACUUUUAACGAGUUGAGUUUGAGCUGAAAAAAAAGUUCGUGACAAACUUGAACUGAUAUUUAAGCUUGAUCAAUUCUUAAUGUGUCAAGUCGAGUUCGACUCAUUUCCAUCCCUAUCUGAGUCAAAUUUGGUUAAAGGUUGAAUUGUUUUAUGUUUAAUGCUGCCAUGUAAAAAUUCAUUUCAAUUGGUUGAAUUCUAUACAUUACAACGUAGAAUGUUAAUCACAGAUGUUGAGUUUGAAUAGUCCUUUCUUUAAGAAAAUUUUAAAAAUAUGUUAUGUCAAUCACAACUGUCAUAAUCAGUUUACAAACUUUAGAAGACACACUUCAAAGACACACAAUCACUCAAUGUUUAAAAGCUUAUGAAUGAUCAUAUGAUUUAUAACUCAAAAGAGACAGCCCUGCUUUUCUAUCAAGAUGAUAUUAGAGAGGUUCACAAUUAACAAGACAACACAAACUCUAACACAAAUUACAAUAUCAAUUUUGCACUAAAAUUAGGUUUGUUGUUUGUUAUUUAAAACAAUCUUCUGGACUGGAUUGUGCUUUCAAGUCGUAGCAGGGAACUGCUGAAAAUUCUCCAAAAUCUUCUCCAUAAAGAUAGGGCUCAAAUAAUUAGUUUCCUAAAUAUUUUUUUAUAUUUAAAAACUAAUCAUACAUCUUGAAAGUAGAGAAUAUCUUAUAUCCCUAAAUCAAGUGCCACAUAGAAUUGCACAAUAUUCCAAAAUAUUCUGCACCUAUAACUAAAUAACAGACUUGAAAGAUCAAGUUGUACAUAUAGUCACGAUGUCAGAUGAUCCUUGAUCGGAAAAAUAGCAAGUGUACUAUUUUUACCGGUGUCGUAAUAAGAGGGAGUUAAUCCCAAAUAUCGAUCUCGCGGACUGCGUAGGAAAUAUAAGUUAUUAUAAUGAUUCAACUGAAUAAAAGAACAUGUGUGUUUGUUGGUUGUUUGAGAAUAAGACUAAUGACAGCAAAUUAAACAAACUGAAAAGUAGAGGUAUAUAAUAUAUGAGAAAGCAUGCUAGGGCUAGGUGUGUGAGUUGCUUCCGAAGACCGUUCGUCCAUGUUUUAUGACAUACGGUGAAAAUGAAUCAAUACCGAAUCUCAAGAUUUAUUUUCCUUAAUUCCUUAACCAAAAACCUUUGAUAGUCAUUUUUAAUCCUAAUUCCUUAGCUAUUAACGGUGACGUCAAGCAAUUUGAAUUGUUUACCAAGACUUUAACGGUUACUACCGUUGAAUCCUCAUUCCAAAGCGAUUGCACCGUAGUAUUAUUGUGCACAAGCGUUAAGGUUGUUUGUCCGACCUAACCUUAAUCUUAAGUAAAAAACUAUUGGUCUGAUAGAAAAUGCAUUAAGAUCAUUGCACAAUAAAUGAAACUCAUAAAAACGUCAAUAUCAUAAAACAAUGGAAAUUUGGUCUUUAACAUUUGCAAUUCAGGGACACCCCAUAGCAUUGGGGGGUUUAGCUACUCAUGAUAUUCAAGAAAAUUACAAAGAGAGAUAUAAACAUUACAAAAAUUCUGGAUUCUUUUGAUCUCCAAUCGUUAUUGCUCUCGAAGACCUCAUUCUUCCAAAACCCUUGCUAGCUCUUCCUUCCUUGUGUAAUUCUAUCUUCCGAUUGAUCAAAGAUGCCAAAAUGUUUUUCAAAACUAGGUUUACAUAGUCUUAGGUCACCAAACAGCCAUGCAGAAAGCCCAGAGUACCCUUAAUGAACCAAAGCACUUCAGAUUUUGAAAACAACUUUCUUUUCUCAUGCUUGCCAACACGGGUCGUGUCAGCUGACACGGGUGGCCGUGUUGGCCCACUGACUUCUUAUUUGUGAGUUCUUUGCAUCAGGCCUGCUGACAUGGGCCGUGUCAGCCUUAUGUUUUUAAUCCUCUUGUACUCUUCAUUUUCCCAUCCCGACUCAGGCUGUGUUAGGUGACACGGGGACCCGUGUCAGACUCUUGUUCUUGAGAAAAUCACACUUUUAACUUUUGCGGACUGUCCUCCAGCUUCGCAUCAGUGAUUGGACCUGCUCGCUUGCAUUUGAGACAUUAACACUACCAAACCAAGCAUAAAAAACACCCUAAUUGUUAUGAAAUUCAAAGUAAUGCAACUGCAAACUAACCAAAUGCGAAACUGAAAUAGAAUACGAAAAACGAUAAAUGAUACACAUUGUGUUACCGGAAUGAUAGACUUUUUGCCGAGUGAUUGACUAAAACCAAGUACAAAUGGUUACUGAUCACAACCCCAAACUUAUCUCAUUGUUUGUCCUCAAGUAAUGUAUGAGACAACAAAGAGGUCACCCCGAAAUUUCUUCUUACCACAAUACCGUCGAUGUUAUUCGCAACUAGCUUUCUACCUUCCUAGUCAAUAUUCUGGUACUCCGAUCCUAUCUAUCCGCUACACUUCUUUACUUGCAAGUUUUUUCGCACUUCUCACAAAGUCCUUCGGGGUUAAAACACUCACAAUUCAGUAUAUGCAAUAUCGACUCUUAACUUUGAAUAAAUCCUACUUUCAUUACACACAAAUUUUCACACACUUUUGGAGAUCUUCAGGUUACUUUAGAGAUAAACUUCUUGAAUCCUUAUCUUGGAUGAUUAUUUGUUAGUUUUCUGAACUCUAGAUAUAGAUUUAGAGCUAACAUUCAAUAUGGGUAUCUGUACUUAAUGCUUUCGUGUUUUAGCGACGCGCGAGAGAUCGCCGACGCGAGAAUACGGAUGUUCUCGCAACUUUGCAUUAGAGAUAACUUUUGUUGUGAGUUGAUCUCGUAGGUGCUCCAAAUAUGGACACUGAUGUGAGAGAUACGUGAUGACAUUGACGAGUAUCGUAGGUUGAGUAUAACUGGUCAAUAAGUUUAAGUUUGUGAGAAGUAGAUUAUAUGCAAUGCUUGAUAAGUCUUAUCUUUCCGAAGAAUGAAUUCUUUUUAUGUUCAUAUUUACUUCUCCGUUUUUAUACUUUUGUUCAUUCAAACCCGAGUUCGAAACCAUAAAAAUCGUUGAAUGGCAUUCUCAUCAUCCCUGUGGACACGAUAAUUCCCAGAUAAAUAUUUCCAAAACUUUUGUGGCUUGUCGCUAUGUCUGCCUCAACAAAAUCUGAACACACCCUUUUUCAUAAAAAAUAAGGUUUAUUCGAAUAUCUCUAAAAACAGGCAUUUUAGAAAUUUCGUGCUAGACCUAAAAAAUGUAUAAGAGUGGAAUGAAAAAUUCCCAAUUUGAAUGGGUAUUGGGUAACUAGCCUUUUAAUGUGGAAGAGAGUGGUAGAGACUGUGAGUGGUAAAUUAUCGAAAUGGAAGAAUAAAUACCUUUCAU